CAUCCUCUUAUCCAUCUCUCACGGAAAGCCUCAAACAUCGAUAUCCAUUCCACUUCCUCUCUGCAAAUUUCUCGAACGCUUCAAUGGCGUUGAGUUCUUGCUCGCCGACUUCCAUUUCACUCCACUCUAGAAGCCCUAGAACUUCUUUUUCCAUCACUCGUAGACCAUUCGUUAUACUUGCCUCCUCUGCGGAUGAUUCUCCCAGGCCUUCGCUUCGAAUCUCCGCGAAUUCCAAUCCGAAAGCGCGCUUCGUAGCCCGGAGGAGCGAGUCCGUCACUGUUCGGCAGCUGGCGCGGCCUCUAAAUGAGUAUAUGAGUUUGCCGGCUAGUCAGUACUCGGUGUUGGAUGCGGAGAGGAUUGAGCGGAUUGAUGAUUGCACCUUUAGGUGCUAUGUUUAUAGAUUUAAGUUCUUUGCUUUUGAGGUUUGCCCUGUUUUGAUUGUUCGAGUUGAAGUGCAGCCUAAUGGCUGUUGCAUCAAGCUUCUGUCGUGUAAGCUUGAGGGCUCGCCAAUCGUGGUUGCACAGAAUGAUAAAUUUGAUGCUAAUAUGGUGAACCAGAUAUCUUAUGAUGUCAAUCGAGGCAGCUCACCCUUGCAGAAACUCACAUCGGACACUGUCAUUGAGGUUAACAUCGAGAUUCCUUUCGCCUUUCGUGCAAUUCCUGUACAAGCAAUUGAAUCAGCUGGGACCCAAGUACUGGAACAAAUACUGAAGCUUAUGCUUCCCCGCUUCACAGCCCAGGUUUUAUGGAAAACCUUUUGUACUGAAUAAUGAACAUGUUGCUUGUGUUUGCUUGAUUUUAGUACCUGUUCUUAAUGAUAUUUAUGUGUGCAUUAUUUGUAAUCUGCAGGAAGUAGAAAAACUUUAAGUGGAAAUUUACAAUAUAUGGCCUUCAAAUCUGAAUUUUGUUCUUUAUAAUUUAAAUGCCGAGCAUGGGGUGAAUGAUGUAGGUGAAUUAUUAGAAAUUUGUAUAAUGUAGUUAAUAGUCGCUUAGUUGUUAAUUUUCAUGUUAAUAGAAUUUUUUUAUUGACUAGUUAUCUGACUUUUUUUUUUUAUUUUUUAUUUUUUUAUAAGGCUGUAAAUAUCCACUUUAGAGUUGCAAUAUAGAGCUUUUGCAUCGUUUUGAAUAUAAAACUUUGGUUCUUAUAGAGUUUUUUUGUGAGAUCUUACCUGAGUUUGAGAAGGGAACUUAGCAUUCUUUAUAAUGGGGUAGAAACUUCUCUCUAGUAGACGCAUUUUAAAAACCUUGAGGGGAGCUCGAAAGGAGAAGCCUAGAGAGGACAAUAUCUGCUAACGGUGGGUUUGGGCUGUUACAUUUUCUCUCAACUCUAGGGAUGAAUUUUGCUUGAUGAUUGGCUAUGGAUGUGGCGUAAUCCUAAACCCGUUGCAUCAUAUCAUGAACUCGUACAAAUUAUUUCAUUUCAUCACACUUCUAACUGAUCUUGUCAGCACCUUUAUACUGAUAUAUUGUCGUCUAUUCUAUCUAUCUUUACUAUUGUGUUAUAUGGACAAAUCCUUGAGUGGCAUGAUUGUGUC